CUCACUGCGUCCGUCCAACCGAUGAGUAAUGAAAGGAAAAAAACAAAAACAACCUACCAACACACGCGCAACAUCCAACAUGUGAAACCCAAUUUGAAAGUCAAAUGGCUCGUGUGUCGAUUUUCGAAGUAAGCAAAAUGAAAUUGUCAACGACAGCACACAGAGCGAAAAGUAACAGAUUAGAGAGAAAACGUAGUCGUUUCGGGGUACUCGACGAUUGUGUUGGCAUUUGAUUGCGUGUGUAUGUGCAUGUGCUUGUGCGAGAGAAUGAAUGUGUGUGAUAUUGACUGUACGCUGCUGCGCUAAACGAUUGCCACAAGAGAUAUAUGAACUUGUGAAAUAAGCAAUAGACAGAUGAUUCUUUGUUACGAACACACAAUCAAACACACACUUAGAUGCAACUCACUCACUCACUUCAUAAUACAUUAACAUGCCUUUGUUUUGUUGUAUUCUCAAUUUCGUGUUUCUCGCUCUCGAAACUUCAAAUUUAUAAUUAUAAUUGUAUGAAGAAUUUUUUUUUUUUUUUGUAUAUUUGUGACGGAAGAGAGAUUUUCUCUUUUUGUUUCAUUUCGUUGUCGCCACACGGAUUUACUUAGAUUUUCUUUGUCACUGUCGAAUGUACACACAAAUUAAUCGAAAUUGUGCAAGGUUAUAAAUUAAGUGGUGAGAGUGCUUCACAGACCUAGCAAUCGGAUCAUAUUGCAAGUUUUUAGCUUCUGUCGUCUCAACUUGCUGUGACAAUAAUAAAGAGAAACACUCAAAGCCAACUCAGACACACAAUACCUUCGAUUUACGUAAAAGUGAAAUAAAUUUCAGCGGUGCUGAUUGGAGAAAUAAGAGAGAAAAAAAAAAACUAGUUCAUCGCCCAUAUUUUUAUACGGUAAACACAUCAUAAUGGAUAUUGACGAGAAUACGGGUCAAGGGACACCGCCAUCACAGCCACCAACUGGUGAUGUAGAACAAUUUCUGCUACAUCAAUUCAGCCGAAUGGGCACCACCGAUCACGAUGAGUUGGUCAAUCAACUACAAAAGGUCCUAGGAAAUCAAUUGAACUACAACACAGCCCGUUUCUUCCUGGACAUGAACAAUUGGAACUUACAAGCGGCUGUCGGUUUCUAUUUGGAUUAUUAUUCGGGCAUGAAACUGCCGUCAAUGCAAAUCAUAUCGGACGUUACGAUAGGCGAGGGUGAAGCCGUCACUCCGAACACACCGUUUGUGCAAUCGUGGAGCGUUCGCAACAAUGGUGAAGAACCGUGGCCAUACAAUUGUUAUAUAAAAAGUACAUCGAACGAAAAUCUGCCGGUCGUUCCCGUUUCUCCUGUUGAACCCGGCCAGUGUACAGUCAUCUCAGUGAAUUUACAAAGCCCCGCCGAGCUCGGUAGCUUUCAAACUAAAUGGCGGUUAUUCACAUCGAAUGGUUCCUGCUUCGGUGACACAAUGUGGUCAAUAGUUCAAGUGACUGAAAGUGGUACAUUGGCCUUAACACAACAGCUAUCCGAACUGCAUACGAAUAACUCAGCUGAAAUUCCAAUGUCCAAACCUACGCUAGAGGGUCCACAAUCCCAGAUCGAUGAUUGUGAUAUGUGAUGAUAAGUUCGUUCGUUGCCACAUCGUUUUUAUAUCAACUUUGCCUCCUUUCAUUCGUUAAAAAUUACUGUGUGCGAAACAAACAAAAUGUAAUAUAUGCUAUUGCGGUUUAGUCUUUAAGGGAAUAGAAUUAUACAUACAGAUAUACUAUAUAAUGUGUGGAUGCAUUGCGUCAGGAGAGAAACAGAAAAAAAAACUCAUGCGAAUUAUAAACUAUUGGAUCUAUGUGUCUAAAUAUAGGAGGACGAGGUGAAUGGCUACACAAAGAAUAUUCAAAAUUUUACAACAAAAAUUUAACGUCGAACAUGAAUGAUUUACUGAACUAUUAUCAUUCCUUUCCGAUUCACACACACACACACACUGUUCGAACAUCGUGGCAUUUCAAUUUUUUCUAAUUGUCAGGCCGAACAAUACGAAUUUGUUCACCGGUUUUCAUUUGCUUUAGCUUGUUUUUCUUUUCUAACCGUGUAGAAUUCACUGUCUUAUGAAUGUUGGACUUGAGUUGUACACGCACUCACAUUGUCUUUUACAGUCAAAGAUGAAGAGAUCUUAAAAUUACAAGUUCCAUUUUGAAUGUUAGUUUUUAAUUGAGCAGUUGAUCGCGCACAUUGGAUCAUCUAUGUAUCCAAUACAUGGAUAAACAGAAACAAAUGUGCUUACCAAUCAAAUUAGUACACACAAAAACGAAUGUCGUAGCAAGUAUGAUCAUUAUGAGUAGUUGUAAAUCAAGCGUAUUCAGAGUAAAUAUAUAUAUUGAUUAUUAUGAUUAAGUGCGCAAAUGAAAGAAAAUGCAGAACAAACAAAAAAAUCUGAGAAAAAAAAAACACAAUUAUGUCACUUUCUUUCUUUUUAUCAUGUUUUGAACAAAUUGAUUAUUAUCCAUUUUCUUAAUUACUAAAAUUAAUAUAUAUAUGAAAAAUGGUAUAGGAUUAAGUCGAAAACAAAUACAUUUGAAAAUAGAAAUUUCCAUUAAAAAGAAAAUACGUUGCGUUAAAAUUA